AUGGAACACUCUUUCGAGCCACUUAAGAAUGACUUGCUCCUCCGGGCUGCUUGGGGCGAGGAGGUUGAGCGUCCUCCAAUGUGGGUGAUGCGACAAGCCGGCAGAUAUCUGCCCGAAUACCACGAAGCAAAGGGAAAACGGGACUUCUUUGAGUGCUGCCGAGAUCCGGAGGUGGCAUCAACCAUCACGCUGCAACCGAUCGAGCGCUUCGCUGGCUUGAUCGAUGCCGCCAUCAUCUUCUCGGACAUUCUCGUGGUGCCGCAGGCCAUGGGAAUGGUUGUCGAGAUGAUUGAUAAGAAGGGUCCCCAUUUCCCUCAGCCUCUCAAGUCCCCCGAAGACCCCCAAUACAACCAACUCCUCGAGAAGAAUGUGGACGUUGCCCAGGAGCUCGACUACGUCUACAAGGCCAUUACCCUGACCCGCAAGAAGCUCGCUGGACGGGUCCCCCUCAUCGGAUUCUGCGGUGCUCCCUGGACGCUAUUUUGCUACAUGGUUGAAGGCGGUGGUACCAAGUUGUUCGCCGAGUCCAAGCGUUGGAUCUACCGACACCCUGAGCAGUCGAAGAAGGUUUUGCAAAAGAUUACGGAAAUCUGCGUCGAGUACCUUGCUUUGCAGGUCAAGGCUGGCGCUCAGCUCGUCAUGGUGUUCGACUCUUGGGCUGGCGAGCACUCGCCGGCUUCGUUCCAGGAGUUUUCCGCGCCCUACCUUCGGUACAUCUCACAACACCUUCCGAACCGACUCAAGGAACUCGGGCUCGAUCCCGUUCCCAUGACCGUGUUCCCCAAGGGCGCUUGGUUCGCGCUGGACUCGGUAUGCGAUCUAGGCUACAAUGUUGUCGGUCUUGAUUGGCUCCGAGAUCCGCGCGAGGCAGUGCAGAUCCGUGGUAGCCGACCUAUCGUCUUCCAAGGUAACGCCGACCCCGGCGUGCUAUACGGUACGAGGGAGGCCAUCACCAAGGCUGUUGAGAACAUGGUAGAAGGCUUUGGCGGGGGCAAGAAGGGCUGGAUAGCAAACUUGGGUCACGGAAUUACACCCGGCGUGAAUCCGGAGGACCUCAAGUUCUUCUUCCAGGAAAUUCACCGUUUGACCUCCUCGUAA